GCAGGACAGAGCGGAACCUACACAGGCUGAGUGAUUGAAGCCGCUAGAAAACACAUUUUGAAGCCAAGGAAACACGUUAGUUUUCCAUAUAAACCGCGGGACUUCCUCUCAGUCUUAAUUUCCAUUAUAAUGAACGUCUGAUAUGUCCUGACACAGCACGUCCUGUGGGAUGUUGGUUGGCUACAGCAGCAGCAGCAGCUCGGAGGAGGAGGAGGAGGAGGACAGCGAGGAGGCGACUGACCUGAAGCAAAGCUGCUCUCGAAAGUGUCAAGAGGAAGAUGAUAACAACGAUGACUGCCCAGUGAGGAAGAAACCCAAAACUGAGGAACAGGUUACUAAAGCGAGGCUGCCGCUCCCUGGUUGCCUGCUGGCCAUGUUUCCAGAUGAAGUGGACACACAGACUGAGGACAGCGCUCUUCAUGGUGGACGGAUCCGCUCUUUCAAACAUGAAAGAGGAAACUGGGCCACAUAUGUUUAUUUGCCAUACCAUCCUGAGGAGGACUUUAGGGAGUUGCUGGAGGAGCUGCUCUCAGCUGCAGGGACCCGUGGUGUGGUUCUGACCCAACAGGAGGAGUUCCACCUCAGCCUGUCUCAGACAGUGGUGCUGAGGCACCACUGGAUCCAGCCCUUUACACAGAGCCUCCGAGCAGACUUGGCACACUGCAAAAGGUUUGUGUGCACAGCAGGGAAACUAAAGGUGUACUGUAAUGCUGAGAGGACGAGGACGUUUUUGGGUAUGGAAGUGUGUACUGGGCACGCUCAGUUACUGGACCUGGUUCGAGUAGUGGACAGGACGAUGACUGAGUUUCGCCUUGACACUUUCUACAAGGAUCCAUCUUUCCACGUGAGUCUGGCCUGGUGUGUUGGAGACCUGACAGCACAGAUGAAGAAAUGCAUUCAGGAGCUGCAGCGUGUGAUUGACGAACAUGAAGAGGGACCAUUUCUUCUGAGGCUGGAUGCGCUGGAGAUGCGCUGCAGGACUGGAAACAAGACCUUCCGCUUCCCCUUGGAGCCGUGAAACCAGACAGGACCUAAACCUCUUGUGUCAAGUCAAGGAGAAGGACUCACCAUAUGACAGCUGUCAUGACACAGCCUUUGGUAAUCCCCUUAAAUAACUGCUGACAAAGACAAUCAAGGCUGAAUGUCCAA